AUGCUCCCCCGUCUCUUACGCUCAAGGGCGCUGCCCAGAUUCUCAAAUCUUAGGGCCCAAAAUGUUAUGCUACAGCGGCGGACUAUGAUCGCAGCACCCAAGGUGGGAGAUGGACCUCUUAUGAGUCGACAGCCAAACCGUGAACUCCCAGAAAUACCGCAAAAUGGCAUGCGCUGGUUUCGCUCCGGCACCAUUUUCCUCGUCAUCCUCGUCUCCAGCUGCCUCGGUAUAUUUAACUACCAAAAGUCGUCGUCCUCUGUCGUAGCCUCCACCCUCUAUGCGCUACGCACCAGCCCAAAAGCGCGCGAAUACCUAGGGGACGAUAUCUACUUCGCGCACCAAAUGCCCUGGAUUUGGGGCGAGAUGAACCAAUUGCAUGGACGGAUAAAUAUACAUUUUGAGGUGAAGGGCACGAAGAAGCGAGGCACAAUGAAGUUUACGAGCUUUAGGAGGACGAGGAUGGGGAUGUUCGAGACUACUGAGUGGAGUUUGGAGACGGAUGAGAUGAUUGAGGAGAAUGGAGAGAUGAAGAGGAAGAAGAUUGAUCUGUUGGAUGGUAGCGAUCCUUUCAAGGGGAUUGAGGCCGACGAGAACGAGGCGAAGGUUGUUGGAAGGGGGAGUUAUGCGCCAAACUUGUCGGGAUGA